GGGGGACGCGUUGGAGAAGCGGAUGUGCUAAGAUGGCGGAUCCUACCGAGGAAAGGGAGGUGGCGGAGGAUUUUAAGAAGCCGGUUUUGCCCCCUCCGUUGCCUCUUUCUCUCGCUCGAGGAAAGGAAGCUGAGGCGAUGGCUCCCAAGCGCCCCCACGGCCCUGCUGUGGGCCCCUGUCACCCUGUCCUUCCCGGGUAUCAGGAACCACCGUGGGGAGGCUGUCCCUCAGGAGAGGACGCCUCCAGCUACAGCCUGGAGACGGUAAAAGGCGGCACGGUGCUGGACCGUGUUAGCCUCGUCGGCCGGAGCUGGCUGCUGGUGGGCCGCGCGCCGGGCUGUGACCUCUCCUUGGAUCAUCCGUGCGUGUCGCGGCACCACGCCGUGCUUCAGCGCCGGCCGCCGCGGGGUUCCGCGGAAGGGGAGAAGCCGCUGGCGACGGAGGGCCCCGAAUCCGGCUUCUAUGUCUACGACCUGGACAGCGCGCACGGCACCUUCCUCAACAAAGCGAGGGUCCCUCCCCGCACCUACUGUCGGGUCCGGGUGGGCUACGUCUUGCGUUUUGGGGGCAGCAGCCGCCUCUUCAUCUUGCAGGGGCCAGAGGAGGAUCAAGAACCUGAAUCUGAAUUGACUGUAACCCAGUUGAAAGAAUUGCGUAAGCAGCAACAGGCCAAGUUAGAAAAAACUAUGCUGGGGGAUGAUUCUGAUGAAGAUCAAAAGGAAACGGAAAUAAAAAGAAGCGAAAAUAGUCAGAAUAAUGAUUUAAGCUGUUCCUGGGGAAUGGGGGAAGAUGCAGAGGAGGAGGAAGAAGGUAAAGAAAAUCCAAUUGCUGUUGAGUUUCAGGAGGAUCAAGAAGCCUUUUAUUUGAAAGAUCCCAAAAAGGCAUUGCAAGGGUUUUUUGACAGAGAAGGUGAAGAAUUAGAGUAUGAAUUUGAUUCCCAUGGAACUGGCACCUGGCUUUGUAGGGUGAAGCUGCCUAUAGAUGAUGCCUCAGGGAAACAGCUUAUGGCAGAAGCUAUUCAUUCAGGGAAGAAAAAAGAAGCAAUGAUCCAGUGUGCAUUGGAAGCCUGCAGGAUAUUGGAUGCUAGGGGUGUGUUGCGACAAGAGGCAGUGUCCCGGAAAAGAAAAGCAAAGAAUUGGGAAGAAGAAGACUUCUACGAUAGUGAUGACGACAUAUUCCUUGAUCGGACAGGAGUUAUUGAACAGAAACGACUCAACAGAAUGAAGAAAGCUGGAAAGAUAGAUGAAAAGCCAGAAACGUAUGAUUCAUUGGUUGCAAAACUACAUGCAGCUGAGAGGGAGCUCUCUGAGAUAGCAGAGAAGCUGAAAUCUUCAAGGACAAUACAGUCCCAUUCAGCAGCUCAGGAUUCACUGGAUGAAUUCAUGACAGAAAUCAAAUCAGGCUGUGCCAUAGACAGCGUGGCACGUAAAAAACUUCAUUUGAGGACCUUUGAACUGAGGAAGGAACAGCAGCGAUUGAAAGGAUUAAUUAAAAUUGUUACCCCUGCAUCCAUGCCAGAGCUGAAGUCCCAACUUCAGAAUCAAGACCUGGAAUCUCAGAAGAAGCCAAAAAAGCUAACUUUACCCCUAUUUGGUGCCAUGAAAGGGGGAAGCAAAUUCAGACUAAAAACGGGGACUGUAGGGAAGUUGCCUGUGAAACGUCCAGAUAUACCGGUAAACUUACUAAAGAUGAAAGAUGAGGAGCCAGAAGAAGAAGAAGAGGAGGAGGAGGAAGAAGAAGAGGAAGAAGAGGAGGAAGAAGAUGUGAACAGCAGUGUAAAUCAAAGCUCACAGAAUACAAAGAUGGAAACUGCAACUGAAGAAAUGGUUAAACAAGGGACUCUCCUUUUGGAUUCUUAUUCACUCGGAAACCAAAGCAUGGAAUUCAUUAAUGAUGGACUUAAGUCUCAGUCUGAGUCUUCAAGCAAGGAUACAAGCACAUCAGAGCAUAAUUCCCCAGCAAAUGAACUGCAGAUAAAACGAGAAGCAUCUAGGAGGCCUGCAGAAAAGCCCAAGAAUCAGAAAGGUAGUAGUAAACAUAAGAUUCAACAUUCAGUAUCCUCAAAAUAUCCAGAAGAUGACCCAGAUUACUGUGUAUGGGUGCCACCUGAAGGUCAAAGUGGUGAUGGCAGAACCCAUCUGAAUGCUAAAUAUGGCUACUAAAUGACUUCGAAAAGUAAAAAAGUAUGGCACAGCGACUGAUAACUGGUUCAAGAUGUCCUUGAAAUGACAAGCAACAGACUUUUGUUCAUUUUUUCUUAAACUCUGUUUAAUGAUUCCUGAUCCUUACUUAUGGAUAGUUUUUUCCCCCUAGAAGUGAAUUUGUGUCUACUGUGCAUUAUAAUGUAUACUGUAUAGUGGUGAUAGCUAAGAAUUUACAGGUAAUAUAGGUAUAGCAAUGUUUGUUUUAUAAAAAAAAUUAAAAAUGCUAGUUUUUAUUUCUUUACAAUUAUUUCUGGAUGUAAAAGGAGUAAACAAAUAAACAUUUAGUUUUAGACUUCUAUUCAGCAAUAUGUGUGCUAAGAGCUACUUCAAAUAUUGUGACACUUGGGUGGAUUACCAAAGUGUUUUCAGUUUGUGCAUAGACAUACAGUAUAUAUUUCCACAAAAUACAAUUUCCAAUGGCCACCUCCAGGUGGAGCUGCUCAAACCCAGGCUAAUUUUUAUCCUCCCUUUCAUGUUGCAGUCUUUUCUUUCAAGGUUCUUCUUUUGUUCUUUUUCUUUUUUCCGUCUACAAGAAGGUGAAAUGCUAACACGUUCCUAUCUUGGUCAGUUGUAGAUUGGUAUCAAUGUGGGUGGAAAAAUGCAUUAAUCUUUAGCAGUUCCUGAAAGAAUGUUAAAUAUCUAACGCUGUGUAGCUGGGAGAGUCAAAGCUAUGGUAUGGAACUAUUCCUGAUUCAGUCCUUAGUGUAUUUGAAAUUUCUUGGGUUAGAGGAAGAGCAUGGAUUCUUCCCAGAAGGCAAUUAUCCUUGGUCUACAGCUGAUUUUACUUCAUAAUUUCUGCUAAAUAGUGAUAAUAAAUCUGACAGUCCACUUAGGUUGCAUUAUUAUCCCUAGCAAAGAAAUAUUGUGGCUAGUGGCAGUCCGAUGCAUGGGGAGCUCUGCCCAUUUCCCCACCAAAGUUAAGCUGGGGGUGUAGGGAGCAUCCUGGGGAAAAUUAAGAAGGCAGCAACUUCACAAGUGUCCCUUCAGCUGAAAGCAAAAUAAAAGUUUGCUUUCUACUAAAUGAGAGUUUUAAGACUGGCUUUGCCCAAUAUUGCAGCAGUUUGAGAAUAACUAAGCCUCAUAAAAGAUGGCAUUUAUGAGUGCUCCUGAAAUUUCAAAUGUUCAAAAUGGUUAGUGAACCCUGGUUUAUCAUAUAAUUCACCCUAUUUUAGAGAUAAGUUACCAUCUUCAGCAACAGCUUCUCAUUCUUUUAAUUCAUCUACUCUGUGUUCAGUAAUUUGAGCAAAGAUUCCAGAACAGAAUUAGUACAUUAUACAAUUACACCCUUUUAGCCACUGCUAUAAUUUAAAAUUCUGUUCCAGCAACUAAUCCAUUUCUGCCAGGAGCCUGUGACACUACUUGGGAGUCUUCAUUGAACUUUGCUCUCAAAGUUGGUAGAAAAAAAAUAGAUUUUUCACUAUUAGGCAUACCAUGCCCAGGCUGCAAACUAUGGAAGACAAUAGAUGGCAGCAGAAUGACCCAGGGAUACAGAAGUCCCUCUGCUGCCGUCUAGUGGUCACCCAGAUGUUUACAACCUAGGCACAGUAUGCCAAAGAUACUGUUCCAGUGGUCCAACAGGAAAUCCAUUUUUUUUAACUGAGUAAGCACUCUUCAGUAUUUGCUCACCCCACUCACCCACUCACACCUGGUUUUUUCUCAUGCCAGAAGACACAAAAAGAUCUAAAUUGUUAAGGGACCUGCCUGCACAUUGGUAGCAGCUGUGAAGGUAUUCUAGAUAGUUCAGUGUGCUGUUCUUGUUUAUUUUAUAUUGCAGAAAGUUCUUGUCUUAUUUUAUCCUUUAGUCUUGUGUGACAUAAGCUUCCCUUCCAGGCCACAACUGUGGCCAGACCCUCUAUGUGACCAUAAGAGUUAAAUGAAAAGAAGAAACUCCUGAUUGCUUGUAGCUUAGCUCUGCACAAUUUUACUCGGCAGCUUCAUACAUCAAGAUGGAAAUGCAAGCCAGCUGGAGUCCUGCAGUAAAUAAUGAGGCAGGAAAAACAUGGUACAGCACAGUAACUGAAAGUUAAGGUAGUAAUAAGGCCAGGCCUGAGAUUAAUCCAGACAGCAAUUCCACUGGAUCAAAGCAUACCCAAUCAUCCACUCCAGAUUCUACUUGAGAAAACAUUUCUAAAUAAUCCAGGAAGAUGAAAAAUGAUAAAUUGGGAUGGGUUCUUGUUUAAAUUAUUAAAGAGGCAAUUGCUGUGGGAAAGGAGAUGCUGUUAGUCGCAAGAUUUGGGACUUAAAAAACGGGAAAAUCUGAGCAAGUGUCUUAAGAUGGCCAGAGUGGAUUGGCAGUCAAGCCAAAUUGUCUAUUUAGAAGUGCUUUAAGUUCCUAAUGUGAGUGGUAAAUAAUUACUAAUGUUCAGACAUGGUAAUGCUCUGCUGUAAAAUAAAAGGCUGGUCUGCUUUUAA